UGAUUGCAAGUGGUCUGGUCUCCAUGAUGAACCCUGGCGCCACACCGUCGAUCGAAGUUGCACACCAGCUGGGCUUCUGUCACCUCCUAAACCAGAGCGACUGCACCCUCACUGAGAGAGAACACGAGUUUACCGUGCUGGUGUACAACCCGGCAAGCGUUCCACUCUCGUCGCACGUGCGGCUUCCGAUUGGUGGCACCGAUGAGCCGACCACGAGCGUCGUGGGACCUGAUGGAGAGAAGAUCGAGUCGCAGGUAGUCCAAUUAGCUCCCCACCGUCAUGCCAUACCGGAGGUCCUGGGCAACGCCACGUCGUCACUGGUGUUUCAAGUGAAAGUGGAGCCGUUGGGCGCCAGCCUGUACCACGUUAAACGAGAACCACCUGCUGUCCAAGUGCCCGAGGACUUCCUUCAAGUCGACGAGCCAGCCAACUUUAUAGAGAAUGAGCGAUUCCGCGUCGUUGUGAACCCGGAGACUGGCCUGGUGUCGAGCGUCGUGCUGCUGGGGCGCCAGCUGACAGUCCAGCUUCGGCAGACGUUCGGCGCCUACUUGUUCGCGGUCAAGGCACCGGGAAACAUGAGCCCGCCGGGUCACUACGUGUUCAGCGCGUACCGCGAAGCGGAGGACAUGGGAGACCAGGUCACCUACCGCAUCGUCAAGGGUCCUGUGGUGCAAGAGAUCCAUCAAAUCUUCAAUGGCUUUGUCUCGCAAAUCAUAGCCAUUCACAAGGACAGCCCGUAUAUCGAGUUCACCUGGACUGUGGGUCCGCUUACAGAACUGUUGACGCCUUCCAUCGUGCAAAGUAGUACGGGGUGUGACGUGGUCAGCCGAUUCGACACUGACCUCGGCAGUGAAGGAUUUCACACGGAUGGAAACGGCUGGAGGAACAUGCGCAGGACAGUAACAUUUCACAAGGACAAGCUUCCCAUUCCGGCCAACUACUAUCCGGUCACGUCUUGGAUCUACAUCGAGGACAAAGCCAGAGACCUGCAGAUGCUGGUCGUUCCCGACCGCCCACAGGGUGGGACCAGUCUGCGUAAGGGACAUCUGGAGCUCAUGGUACAUCGGCGACACGCGACCAACGACGAACUUGGAAAUCCCGAGUUUCUGCUCGAAACCGGAAAUGAUGACCAGGCCCUGGUGGCGAAGGGAACUCACCGCCUUUUCUUGGGUUCACGAGCCGAGGUUACGAGCAUUAUGCGGCUGCAGGCGCUACAGCUCGUCUAUCGGCCGCUGCUGGUCUUCGCUCCAGCCGGGUGGAGACCCAGAAAGAAGAAGUUUUCGGCGCUGAGACAGCCACUUCCCAGCACCGUGCACGUGCUGACGUUAGAGAUGCUCCCAGCACACGAAGUGCUCCUCCGUCUAGAGCACUUGGCCACCAACGACACGACCGUCAAGAUCAGCAUCACCCGUCUGCUGGCGGGUUGCCGACUGGAGAACGUCCGGCCAACGACGCUGGGGGCCAACCGCUUCCUUCCGGGUCCCAAGCGCCAUCGCUGGCGCACGCAAGAGGAGGCCCGCGGCUGGAAGUCACGGUUUUCCGUCGACGAUGUGCUAAUGGCAGCUCCCGAAAUGACCACGGAAUCGAGCACGGGCGAUAAGCACGUUAAUCUACGACCGGGACAAAUCGCUACUUUCUUGGCGAAGCUGGUCGCCGAGUGAGCACGUUGCCCACGCACCAUAGGGCCGACCAGAAACGACUGAAGCAUCACAGCAGGUCGUCGGCGUCAUGAUUUUGUCAGGGAAGCAGUGUUAUCCAAUUAGCGCGUUCUGACAAAGGUUCCGGAAGUGUUUUUUUUUUUUAAGUGUUGAGGCAAGAGCCGGGCUCAUUUCGACUGCACAAACUUUUUUUCUUUUGAAUUGUGAAACAAAGGCUUAAUAUUUACAAUAUUCGAGGGGGCCAGUGUCACCCCUGCAAUGGAACCUGUCGGACGCUCGCUCGCACUUCGCAGCAGCAUUCGCCCGCCAUUACCGCUUGCGAUUCUUCGAAAUUAAAUUGCUUCAAAAUUAAACCUGUCCGUCACGGUAAGACAAUGAAUGGCUCAUACCCCCUUAAGCAACGGUUCAUACCCCCGUAAACGCGGCCUCCCCAUUACGACGACAGAAUAGAAGUGAAUUUCUACGCUGGAAUGAUGAGCGGCAACGAAGCCAGCUGUGGAAGACGACG